AGAGCAUGUUGGCCUGGUCCUUUGCUAGGUACUGUAGAGCAGGUGAGAGAGUGAGGGGGAAGGACUCCAAAUUAGACCAGUUCUUAGCCAUGAAGCAGAGACUCUGAAGCCAGACUGCCUGGGUCCCAAUCUUGGGCUUGGUAUUUCCUAGCUGUGUGACUCUGGACUGCGCCAUGGGGCUCAGCGACGGGGAAUGGCAGUUGGUGCUGAACGUCUGGGGGAAGGUGGAGGCUGACAUCCCAGGCCAUGGGCAGGAAGUCCUCAUCAGGCUCUUUAAGGGUCACCCAGAGACUCUGGAGAAGUUUGACAAGUUCAAGCACCUGAAGUCAGAGGACGAGAUGAAGGCGUCUGAGGACUUAAAGAAGCAUGGCGCCACCGUGCUCACUGCCCUGGGUGGCAUCCUGAAGAAGAAGGGGCAUCAUGAGGCAGAGAUUAAGCCCCUGGCACAGUCGCAUGCCACCAAGCACAAGAUCCCUGUGAAGUACCUGGAGUUCAUCUCGGAAUGCAUCAUCCAGGUUCUGCACAGCAAGCAUCCCGGGGACUUUGGUGCUGAUGCCCAGGGGGCCAUGAACAAGGCCCUGGAGCUGUUCCGGAAGGACAUGGCCUCCAACUACAAGGAGCUGGGCUUCCAGGGCUAGGCCCCUGCCGCUCCCACCCCCACCCAUCUGGGCCCCGGGUUCAAGAGAGAGCAGGGUCUGAUCUCGUGUAGCCAUAUAGAGUUUGCUUCUGAGUGUCUGCUUUGUUUAGUAGAGGUGGGCAGGAGGAGCUGAGGGGCUGGGGCUGGGGUGUUGAAGUUGGCUUUGCAUGCCCAGCGAUGGGCCUCCCUGUGGGAUGUCAUCACCCUGGGAACCGGGAGUGGCCCUUGGCUCACUGUAUUCUGCAUGGUUUGGAUCUGAAUUAAUUGUCCUUUCUUCUAAAUCCCAACCUAACUUCUUCCAACCUCCAAACUGGCUGUAACCCCAAAUCCAAGCCAUUAACUACACCUGACAGUAGCAAUUGUCUGAUUAAUCACUGGCCCCUUGAAGACAGCAGAAUGUCCCUUUGCAAUAAGGAGGAGAUCUGGGCUGGGCGGGCCAGCUGGGGAAGCAUUUGACUAUCUGGAACUUGUGUGUGCCUCCUCAGGUAUGGCAGUGACUCACCUGGUUUUAAUAAAACAACCUGCAACA